UUAUCACCUAAUAUAGACAUCCAUACUCGCAAUCUAGCUUUUACGAUACCUUGUAUGAACAAUAUAUCUGAGGGGGAAUUUAUUGAGAUCCUAGGGAAACCAGAAAUUGGGCAUGUCCGAAGGAGCGACGGAAAAGCUCUGGAGCCUGGCAUACCAGAGUACAUUGUCAGGCCUGCCUCAUACUGGACACAUUCUUGGCCGUCGUCGAAUUCAAUCAAGAUUGUUGACUUUGGUGAAUCCUUUUUGCACACAACUAUUCCUCAAACUCUUCACACACCACUACCAGUCAGGGCACCUGAAGUUAUAUUUGGAGACCGGUUGGAUUAUCGUGUGGAUUUAUGGAGCAUGGGCUGUAUGGUGAGUAAGAUUGCCAGAAGCUAA